AUGGCAGCAGCAAGACACAGCACGCUCGACUUCACGCUUGGCACCAAAGCUGAUGGUGAGGCCACUCUGAAAGGCCUUCAGUCCAUUUUUCAGGAGCAGGGGAUGACAGAGUCCAUGCACACCUGGCAGGAUCAUGGAUAUUUAGCAACUUACACAAACAAGAAUGGCAGCUUUGCCAAUUUGAGAAUUUAUCCACAUGGAUUGGUGUUGCUGGACCUUCAGAGUUACGACAGUGAUGUGCAAGGCAAACAAGAAACUGAUAGCUUUUUGAACAAAAUAGAAGAAAAAAUGAAAGAAUUGAGUCAAGACAGUACUGGGCCGGUGAAGCGAUUACCACCUAUAGUUCAAGGAGGGGCCAUUGACAGAUACUGGCCUACAGCUGAUGGGAGCCUGGUUGAGUAUGACAUAGAUGAAGUGGUGUAUGAUGAAGAUUCACCCUAUCAGAACAUUAAAAUUCUACACUCAAAGCAGUUUGGAAAUAUUCUCAUCCUUAGCAGGGAUGUUAAUUUGGCAGAGUGUGACUUGGCAUAUACCAGGGCCAUCAUGGGCAAUGGUAAAGAAGACUACAAUGGCAAAGAUGUACUGAUUCUGGGAGGUGGAGAUGGAGCCAUAUUAUGUGAAAUUGUCAAACUGAAACCAAAGAUGGUCACUAUGGUAGAGAUUGACCAAAUGUUAAUUGAUGGAUGUAAGAAAUACAUGCGGAGAACAUGUGGAGAUGUCUUAGACAACCUUAAAGGAGAUUGCUAUCAGAUUCUUACAGAAGACUGUAUUCCAGUACUGAAGAGGUAUGCCAAAGAAGAGAGAGAGUUUGAUUAUGUGAAUAAUGAUUUGACAGCUGUCCCUAUCUCUACAUCUCCAGAAGAAGAUUCCACAUGGGAGUUUCUCAGACUAAUUCUUGACCUGUCAAUGAAGGUUCUGAAACAGGAUGGAAAAUACUUCACACAGGGAAGCUGUGUCAACUUGACUGAAGCCCUAUCGCUCUAUGAAAAACAGCUGGGGCGCCUGUAUUGUCCUGUGGAAAUCUCAAAAGAGAUUGUCUGUGUCUCUUCAUACUUGGAAUUGUGGGUAUUUUACACUGUUUGGAAGAAAGCUAAGCCUUAA